AUGACGUCACUUCCGGCAGGUUCGGAAGGGGCGGGCCUAUGCUCCUUGGGCCCCGCCCCAACCUGGUACUCGGGGGCGGGGUUACGAGUCACGGGAGGAGCCGGAGCGCGAGUUGGUGGGGGUUUUUUGACCCCGCGGUUCGGUAACCUUGGCAGCCAGAGCCGGCUUCCCGGGCCCGCAAGCUGGCCGAGUUUUGUGAGCCGUAACGGUGCCUUCUGCCGGAAAAAGAGGACAGGAUGCUCUGGUUCUUUUCAUCAGUUAUGGGGUGGUAUUAUUCACUCCCUUCAGACUCAAGUGGAAAUAAAAAGGAGACAUCAUUUAUGAACAUACAAAGAUUUUACUGGUUCUGUUGCUGUUGAUGCAGUAUUAAGUCAUCCCUGGCAAAAUACAUGCCUAAGUAGUAAUGACACCUCUCUUCUUAAAGGAGUUUGUCUUUGCCACGUUCUAAUGAAUCAUAAAGUAUUUGAACUAGUAGGAAUGAAGCUAUUGAAAAAUGAAAAGGAAUUAGAAUUUGAAGAUUCAAACAGUAGUCUCUACAGUUUUCUAGACAAUAAAUCAUCUUAUUUUUUUUGCAAAAGAGAAAAGGAUUCUGGGAAUGGGUUAAUUGAUGAAAUAAAAGCAAAGGAAUCUUUAAGACCAGGAGAUGAAAUGAUUUCAAAUCCUCUAGCACAAGAGAUUGGUGAGGAAAGAAUAGAGGAACCUAUUCAUACAAUGAGUGGGAAUAUGGCUUUACCUCCAAAUAUCAUAGUUGAUAAACCUGUUCUCUCACUUUCAAAAAAAGAUGUUUGGAAACAACAGACAUUUCUAUGUAUUUUUUGACCGAUUCACCUUCCAUUCUUGGAAAAUGUGUUGAAGCCUUCUGUUAAAACACAAAAUCUUCAAUUAAGUAAAGAGGAGGAUCUUAUUCUCUCAAACACUUGUCUAGACAAAGAGGUUAUUCCAAGUUUAUGUCUACCUGAAAUUGACAACUGGUUUAUUAAUGCAGCAAUUAAAUGUUUGCUAUUUCCCUGACCAGUUAUAGUUACAGUUAUUCAGCAGUUAGUACAAAAGGAAAAGACAGGAUUGAGUAUACAGAAGAAGAUACUGUUUGAUGUUGUAGUAAAAUACUAUAACGAGAGAGAUUGCCUAUUAACUGAUGAGUGUUCUGAUAUUCAGUUAGGAAUUAUUGAAAUUUUAGACUCCAGUUACUACUUUAUUGGAUCUGGUUGUAAGAAACUUAAGAAGCUUCUACAUGGAGAAGAUCCAGAUGCCAUAUCAGGUAUUGAUUCAGGUUUGUUCCGUCUUUAUCAUCAGGAGACUAUUAUAGCCAAGUAA